GAAAGAGGCUCUGAGCAGACAGCCUCGGCCACUUCUGAGUCUCUGUCCUGAGCCAGGCAUAAUGGCAGAGAAGGUGCUGGUAACAGGUGGGGCUGGCUACAUUGGCAGCCACACCGUCCUGGAGCUGCUGGAGGCGGGCUAUUCGCCCAUGGUCAUUGACAACUUCCAUAACGCCAUUCGUGGAGGGGGCUCCAUGCCUGAGAGCCUACGGCGGGUUCAGGAGCUGACAGGCCGCUCUGUGGAGUUUGAGGAGAUGGACAUCUUGGACCAGGCAGCUCUACAACGUCUCUUUAAGAAGCACAGCUUCAUGGCGGUCAUCCACUUUGCGGGGCUCAAGGCUGUGGGUGAGUCAGUGCAGAAGCCCCUGGAUUAUUACAGAGUCAACCUGACAGGAACCAUCCAGCUUCUGGAGAUGAUGAGGGCCCAUGGGGUGAAGAACCUGGUGUUCAGCAGCUCGGCCACCGUGUACGGGAACCCCCAAUACCUGCCCCUGGACGAGGCCCACCCCACAGGUGGCUGUACCAACCCCUAUGGCAAGUCCAAGUUCUUCAUCGAGGAAAUGAUCCGGGACCUGUGCCAGGCGGACAAGGCCUGGAACGCAGUGCUGCUGCGGUAUUUCAACCCCAUAGGCGCCCAUGCCUCAGGUUGCAUCGGCGAGGAUCCGCAGGGCAUCCCCAAUAACCUCAUGCCCUACGUCUCCCAGGUGGCGAUUGGGCGACGGGAGGUACUGAAUGUCUUUGGCAAUGACUAUGACACAGAGGAUGGCACAGGCGUCCGGGAUUACAUCCACGUCGUGGAUCUGGCCAAGGGCCACAUUGCAGCCUUGAGGAAGCUGAAGGAGCAGUGUGGCUGCCGGAUCUACAACCUGGGCACGGGCACAGGCUAUUCGGUGCUACAGAUGGUCCAGGCCAUGGAGAAGGCCUCCGGGAAGAAGAUCCCAUACAAGGUGGUGGCCCGGCGUGAAGGCGACGUGGCUGCCUGUUAUGCCAACCCCAGCCUGGCCCUCAAGGAGCUGGGCUGGUCAGCAGCCCUAGGGCUGGACAGGAUGUGUGAAGAUCUAUGGCGCUGGCAGAAGCAGAAUCCUUCAGGCUUUGGCACGCAGGCCUGAGACCCUGGCCUCCCACGAACCAGAAAAGGGAGAAAAGCAACUGCCUGCUCUCCAGCCUCUGGCAGGAACCCAGGGGCCCCAGAGGCUCCACUACCUCGGACCCCAGCUGGGCCCACUGAGCCCGCCGGGCACAAGGCCCAGGUCUCCAAUGACCAGGUAUCGGGUCUGUGUGCCACAGGGGCCAGGACCCAUGUGGACCACCAAGGCUGAGUGGUGUCAGCAGGGCCUUAAGACACACAGAAGCCCCUCU